UCACUGAGGAAAGUUUUUUUUCUUAGUCUGUUAAUCUGUGCAAACAGUUUUUUAAAUUGUCAUUUUCAAAUACUGUGUGAUACUGUGAAUUUGGUGCUCUCUACGGUGUUGGAGCGUCCUUGAACACACCACACAACAAUAACAUAACUUAGACCCAAAACGAAAGAAAGAAAAUUUGUUGGAUGAUGGUUUAUCUUUCUCAAACAACUUCCAAUUUUAAAACAAGUAGAUUUUCAUUCUGCAACGAAAUAAGCAAACACUGCAGACAUAAUUUGUUGUUAAUGGGCUGAAACAUACAAAGCCACACGUGUCGUCCUUUAAAAUCUGUUUCUUUACUAACUUGUUUAACUUUAACUCGGAACAAUCUGACGUGAAUCCUUUACCGUUAACUUAAAUGUAAAGUCAGAAAGCAUUUUGUUUCACUGCUCGAGUGAAUUUAGUGGAAUAUGAUGAACUUUUUAAAGGCAUGUGCUCCCACAUGUUGGCCUGUUGUUGUUGAAGUGGCUUUGUGUGCAUUGUUUACAUUAUUUCUCAACUUUCUUUGGCACAAGAUGUACUUGUAAUGGUAAAUGAUGCCUGUCUGUAAGCACUGAGAAGAGUUUUAUAAAGAGAGGAAAUAAAUGUUUAACACAGGAUUUGUACUGUUUCUUUUACACUGUGCAACCGCAGAGAACCACAGGCUGGGAGAUAACAUGUCAGAUAAGUAUAUUACAGUAUAUAUUAUGGAAAAAAGGCAGACGUGCAUCUCCAAAUUUAUGUUCAGGUGUAGGACAUAAAUCUAUCAACGCUGUUAGAUUUUUCAGAUUAAUAUUAUAAAUUAUCACAAAGCAUUAAAACAAAAUCAGUUUCUGCUCUUCGGUGAGAUUUAUCUGCCUGGUUUAGAGAUAUAAUCUCAUGUAGAAAUUAAGAAAAAUGUAGAAAAAUGCUGUAACAUAUAUAAAUAUUGUGAACUAAAGGAGCUUAAGCAUGGAAUGGUAGGAGAAAUUAACGUAUGAUAGAUAAAAGUCAUAUAUUUUAUGUUAAUGUUACAGACUAUUUAUUUAUGACCAGGAUCAGAUAUCCAGUAUAUAAUAGAAAGCUCCGACAGUCACGAAUUUGUCCUUGCAGAGUUACAGAAUGAGGGAUGCUCCAUUACAGAUUGCUCCUCUCUAAUGUCUCUGUGGGGAUUUGGUUCAAGGAAACAGUGAAUCGUUCGAUACAAAAGCGGCCAUAAAGACCUCCACACAGGACAUGAUGUGGGAUGAGCUCUGGAGGAGGCGGAGGUGGAGGUCAGACUCGGACACUGAAGUGACGGCAGACGAUCUAAUCUAUAUCUGGAAACACACAGUUGAGACUUGAUCGCUAAUCUGAAGGCCACAAGGAGCCAGAUGGACGGAGCAGAGUAUCCAACCUGUUGGGUUUGUAGGCCAGGUGGAGGGAUUAAUUACAGAGAAUGGAGAGCUAAAAGCAGGACUUCCCAUCAGCGAGAGCCAGAUGGAGGAGCUGCAAAGAGAGAAUGAGUAGAGAGCAGGCGGUGACUGCGCUGAGGGAAAUGAAGCAGGAAAAAUCAGCUCUUGAGCAACAAGUGUGAGUGAGAGGGAAGCUGGAAGCUCAUUUAAAGGGUAACUACACACUCAGAUUCUGCUAGCUCCCUCCAUCCCAGACUCUGUUGGACCGCAGAGUGGAUGAAAAGCAGCCAACUAGUGCUCAGCAUGUGUGGAAAUUGCUUCAAGACUGUUGCAUUUCAGGUGACUACCUCAUAUGAAGCUGGAUGAGAGAAUGCCAAGAACUGAGCAAAGCUGUCAACACAGCAAAAGGUGAAGACGCGUUUCAGAGACCAACAACCAGCAGAAGUGAAGUCUGCAGCUGACAACAUCCAGGUGCUGUCAGGAUCCCUGAGCAACAUACGAGAGGUUCCUCCAAAUUGAAAUCCUUUUCUGGUGUCUCCCAGUAGCCAUGGCUGCUAACAUCACCCCUAAUGGUUGCGGCCCUGACGUGGACUCCCUCUAUUACAACCUGUGUGACCUCAGUGCCGUGUGGGGCAUCGUGUUGGAGGCCUUCGCGGCGGCUGGUGUCAUCUUCUCCUUUGUCCUCUUCAUCUCGCUGCUGGCCAGCUUACCCUUCAUGCAAGACAAGAACCGCAAGAGCUCAGUUGGUCUCCAAGCCUGCUUCCUGGUCUGCACCUUAGGUCUCUUCUGUCUCACCUUCGCCUUCAUCGUGGGGAAGGACUUCUCCACCUGUGCCUCGCGGAGGUUCCUCUUCGGGGUGCUGUUCGGCGGCUGCUUCGCCUGCCUCUUGAUGCAGUGCGUGAGGCUGAACAUCCUCGCCAGGCGGAAUAGCGGCCCCCGGGCGUGGGUCUUCUGUCUAGGGGCGGUGGGGCUCUGGCUGGUGGAGGUGGUCAUCAACACCGAAUGGCUGAUCAUCACAGUGGUGCGCAACCCGCAGACGCCACUCAAUGGCACGGCAGAAUUUGGUGGAGCAACGGCUAUACCUUGCAACAUCGCCAAUGAGGACUUUGUCAUGGCGCUGAUCUACGUGAUGACCCUGAUUCUGGCUGUGGUGGUGGCAAGUUUGACCAUCAUGGCAGGCAAACACAAGCAGUGGAAGAUGGAAGGCGCCUCCAUCCUUCUGACCAGCCUGCUCUCUGUGGGUAUUUGGGUGGCAUGGAUCGUCAUGUACGUCUACGGGAAUGAGAGGAGGGGGGGGCCCACAUGGGAUGAUCCCACCUUGGCCAUUGCCUUGGUGGCAAACGCCUGGGUGUUCCUGAUCCUCCACACCAUUCCCCAUAUCUGCUGUUUGACCAGCGGUGAUGAAAGUCAGCAAAGCUUCGGGGAAGAUUUGUACCCAAACCGAGGAGUUGGAUACGAGACGAUCCUGAAGGAACAGAGCUCCCAGAACAUGUUCAUGGAAAACAAGGCUUUCUCUAUGGACGAGCCCAACCAAGGUACCAAACCUGUGUCUCCAUACAGCGGCUACACCGGUCAGCUGCGUAGUUCAGUCUACCAGCCCACUGAGCUGGCUCUCAUCACCAAAGCAAUAGGAAAUCACCUGCCGGAUGCAUCCUUUGAAACGAUCAUUCCCAGAGCUUCCACCAACUCUGCAGGCAACAGCGGGAGCGGCACCCCCCCACAACACAUCGAGAUUGGGAACACUGCAUACACACAGAGAAACGGAAAUAGCGGGAAUGGUCUGCAUAGGAUGGCCCAGUGCUGGCUCUAAGAGGAACCCUCAGCCCCGACACGUGGAGGUGAACGCCGGGUCAUCCCCACUGAUGGAAAACAGCUAAACCUCCUAUUGACUGAUCUCCCAUGUGCCGCUGAGUAUCAGACAGCACACAGCUUCAUUUGGAAGUCAAAGCGUGGGGAUGAAGCCGCGGCUUUGCUACAGAACAAAGACUUUUUUGCUAUGGUCGCCAUUCACUGAGAGUGAGCUGUGAGCUCUCUGCUGGACCCAAUCACACAGAUGAAGAGUGACGGUGCUGACGGCGCAAAAAUGGUGGAAAAGAAAAGUCUAACAAAAAUGCUGUGAGUGUUUUUGCCUAAACAUGAUAUCCACAAGUACACAUAUGUAAAAAAGUGCACCCCUCCCCCCUUAUACACACCUCAUAAACAAAACUGUCACUGCAGCAGCAGCCUCACACCAAAACAAUCGUUCCUUACUCAGUUUGGCAUGAACUGGAAACACUAUCAGAAGGAUUUUAUACACUUACAUUAAAAGAGAAAUUGUGCACAGUCAAGUUUAAUUAUAGGGGUCAAUAUAUAUUUUUGUGCCUGGUUUGUGAAUAUUGUUAAUAGCCACAAAGUUCACACAUAAAGUUGAGCUACUGGUAUUGAAUUAAUGUAAAUAUGUUGUCAAUGGUUCUCCACCGCAUGGAAGCAUGGUAUAAAUAUGUAUAUUUAAUACUAUUUAUAGCACUACUGGGUGCUAUUUAAUUAUUUUAUCUAAUUUCUCCCCAUCAAACAUUCAUGAGGAUACAAAUAUGAAAUCCUGCAUGGCUUUGUGAGCUUACAGAGGUCAAUGUGAUUUCUCAUAAAAGGUUUUUUUAAUAUAUUUUUUCUGAAAAACUGGAACAUGAUGUUUGGAUUUUGUUUCUGUAAUCUAAGAUAAACGUGCAUCUUCUUACUUUACUGGACGAAAUUGAGCCCUUUGUAAUUUUAACAAAGAUUUUUUUUAAAAUAAUUAAUAUAUUUGAAUAAAAAAUGAGUUUUAGUCACAGAAGCACCAUCAAAGUUGUUGAAAGCUAAACAUCUGAUCAAGGGCUAUGUCGAAAUAAUUUACUACUCAGUAAUAUAGUCCACUAUACAAUAUAGUGUGUUUGCCUUUUUCUAGUCUUGUGUGAAUGUCUAGUGGGAUUUAUUAUCCAGGUUUCUUCCGGAGUUUUCAGCAACAUCUUGUGGCUCUAAUCAGCAGUUGAAGUUUGCAUACAAACUUCUAUUUAAAAGUUCAGUUAUUAACCUUCAAUGUCAAUAUCCCACAGUUAAACAGUGUUGUAUAAUCUGUGCUCAAUAACUUAGAGCUGUUUCCCUCCAAAAGCAAUUUCUAGAUGUUUUCGUCAUUACAUUUACAUUAGUAAAUUCUUCUUUGUCAUAUAAAACCAAACAAGUUGAAGGCAUCACAGUGAAGAAGUGAGUAAUUAAAAUAAUCGAUAUUGCCUUAAAAUCCUUGUUCCUUGGUGCUCAUUUGAUUUAAAAUAUUUAGGUGGCAUAGUUGACAGCAGGCAAACUGAGACAUUAUUGAUUAAUAUCAGUAUUUCAAUGUUGAAAACAUGACCCAUAUACAAUGUAGCUCAUUUAGCAUCCUGAGUGGGAGAGGAGGAAAGGUGUCUGAACUAUUUCUUUUUUAUUUGCUGUCUGAUUAACUGUUCCUCUGUGUAGAAUUUCCAGCAUAGUGCGUAUAAAACCGUCAAUGUUUUAUCUUUUUACGAGGUGCUCAAACUUUACUGUCCAGUACAAAGCAGUAGAUGCAGAGUUAGUUUAAAUACAGACAGACUGAAUUAUCAUGUCUCAACUUUUCAGAAAAACAAAUGUAAGAAACUCUUUAAGAGAAAAACAUCACUGAGGCCGAGGAUGGUGGAAAGGUUCUUAAAACAAGGGUCUAUAUAAUGCCUUUAUGUUUAUGUAUGAAAUUUGUUGAUUGCCCAAACCACAGA